GCGCGGGCCGCGGGUCGACAGCUGCUGCAGAUGUUGAGAGAGUAACAGAAGGAAGCAACACCAGGUCUGAAGCAACCACAGAGCUCCACAGUUCAAUUCAUCACGCAACGCACAACCACCAGUACGUUCUUCUUGAAAUAGACUCACGGACCUCGUUUAACGGCAGGCCCCUCCCCCUCUCGCUGGCAGGCGUCCGCACCCGGCAGAGGAUGCGGCUGGUUGCCAUGGCAGCGAUGCUGGCACUAACGGCGGCGGCGGCAGCGGCGGCGGGAGCCGACGAGGAGGAGCAGUGCCACUCCGGCUGCCGCCUGACCAGCCACAGCGUCGACGUGGAGGCCUGCGGCCAAACGAAGUCCGUCCUCACCACCAUCUGCUCGGGGCAGUGCAACACCAAGGAGGACGUCUACAUCAGCUGGCGGCCCCCGCCCGAGCAGAAGACGUGCAACGGCGUCUGGUCCUACGAGGUGACGCACGUCGACGGGUGCCCAGAGGCCGUCACCUACCCCGUGGCCAGGGACUGCGGCUGCCAGGUGUGCAACCCGGAGGCCAACACGCACUGCGGCUUCUACGCGGGGCACAAGCCCAGCUGCCCGUCCGUUUAAGAGGA